UAUAGAUGUUAAAGAAAAAAGAAAUCAAAUUUGGCGAAAAGAGCCCAAACUCGGUUCCUCUGAAAGAUCCAGAUACUUCGGUGCGUCCGCGCCGAUCAUGCGCCAGCAGCAAUAAGGUCUUGUUUGAUUGACGGAAGGAAGUUGUGGAAACAGCGAGCGACAGAGUGAAGAUGACGCCAUUUCAGCUCGUACUCUGCUUCUCGAGCUUUUUAGCCAUUGCUGCAGCACGGGCUUCGCAAUACUCCACCAACGGAUCCCCGCUUGUGCGAAAUAUCAGUGAGCUUCCUCAGGAUAACUAUGGGAGGGGAGGCAUUUCCCAUAUAACUGUUGCUGGUUCUGUCCUGCAUGGGAUGAAAGAGGUUGAAGUAUGGCUUCAAACAUUUUCUCCAGGCUCAAGCACUCCCAUCCACAGGCACUCGUGUGAAGAGGUGUUUGUUGUGCUUAAAGGAAGUGGCAAACUUUAUCUUGCUUCUAACUCGCACCAGAAGCAUCCUGGGCACCCAGAAGAGCAUUUGAUCUUUCCUAAUAGCACAUUCCAUAUUCCAGUGAAUGACGCACACCAGGUCUUGAAUACAAAUGAACACGAGGACUUGCAAGUGCUUGUCACAAUAUCUCGUCCACCAGUAAAAGUGUUCGUUUAUGAAGACUGGUUCAUGCCACAUACUGCAGCAAAGCUGAAGUUCCCCUACUAUUGGGAUGAACUUCCAACACAGGCGAAAGAUGAGCUCUAGUUCAGACCCGACCAACACUACUUUUGUACAUUCGACUCCCGUCCCGUAUUCCUGGACUAGCUGUUAUUGACUGUAAAACAUUUAGUUUGAUAUAUUAACAACGAAAGGGAAUAGUAGAAGCCGUUGAGCUGCAAACCAAGCUUGGUCCCCAAGUUACUUGGUUAGAAACUUGGUUCUUUUUCCCCUAUCGAACCUUUGCUGAGUUGUUUUGUUUUGCUGAAUUUCGCAGUCCCACAACUCUGAAUGUUGCAAGACAUGAGAUGUAAAAUGCAUCGACUAUUACAGAAAGUAGCAAUGCAUGAAUGUAAAAUGCGUGAUGGAAGUGAAUUUUGGACA